AUGUGGUUGAUCAUGGCCACCUUCGUGGCCCUUGCUUCGUGCUUCGCCCCUGCUCCUGGUGCAGCGGCGACAGUCUCGGCGCCGCGUCCGCUGCGUGGCAACCACACGCUGGUUUCGGCACAGGGCAAGUUCGAGCUCGGCCUGUUCAGCCCUGCCGGCAGCCUCGGCGACAGGUUCUACCUCGGGAUCUGGUACAAGAACAUCCCCGUCCAGACCGUUGUCUGGGUGGGCAACCGCGCGACUCCCCUCUCUGCCGUCGCCUCCGCCGAGCUCCGGGUGUCCGCCGCCGACGGCAACCUUGAGCUCGUCGGUCCCACCGGAGCCUCUGCCUUGCCGGUGGUCGUGUGGUCUUCGAACCUGUCUUCUUCGUCUAUGUCUUCAUCGCCCGGCAGGAACACAGCGGAGAUCCGCGACAACGGCAACCUUGUCCUUGUUGACGGCGACAACUCCUCCAAUGUGUUGUGGCAGAGCUUCGACCAUCCAGCGGACACGCUGGUGCCCGAAGCGUGGGUCGGGGAGAACAAGCUCACCGGCGAGUAUCAGGCGCUGACGUCGUGGCGGAACGCUCAAGACCCCGCGCCGGGGAUGUUCUACAACACGGUGGACCCCAACGGCACCAGCGAAUUCUUCUUGAUGUGGAACAAGUCCCGCACGUACUUUCGGAGCGGCAUCUGGACGGGGCGCAUCUUCGCAACCGCGACGGAGGCGACGAGGACCAUGCUCUACAACACGACGUACGUCGAGACGCCGGCGUACCGGCGCCUCACCAACGUCGUCUACGACAACGCGACCAUCACGCGCAUCGUGCUCGAUCUCACCGGCCAGGUGAAGGUGUACGUGUGGGUGCACGCGAGGCAGAGCUGGCAACCCUUCUGGACUGCACCCGCCGUGCAGUGCGACGUGUACGCGCUCUGCGGCGCGUUCGGCGUCUGCGAUCAGAGGAGGGGACUGGGCGCUUAG